GAGAGAGAGAGAGAGAGAGAGAGAUAGGACUUCCUCCCCGAUUCGCAAAGUGAAGUCACUUCCCAAAAUUAGCUAAAAAAAAGUUUCAUCCGGUUAACUGUCUCUUUUUCGCUCCGCUACAACAACAAACGUGCACAGGGGAGCGAGGGCAGGGCGCUCGCGGGGGGCACGCAGGGAGGGCCCCGGGCGCCAGGGAGGCCGCGCCGGGCUAAUCCGAAGGGGCUGCGAGGUCAGGCUGUAACCGGGUCAAUGUGUGGAAUAUUGGGGGGCUCGGCUGCAGACUUGGCCAAAUGGACGGGACUAUUAAGGAGGCUCUGUCGGUGGUGAGCGACGACCAGUCCCUCUUCGACUCUGCCUACGGAGCGGCGGCCCAUCUCCCCAAGGCUGACAUGACCGCCUCAGGGAGCCCUGACUAUGGCCAGCCCCACAAAAUCAACCCCCUCCCACCGCAGCAGGAGUGGAUUAAUCAGCCGGUGAGGGUCAAUGUCAAGCGGGAGUAUGACCACAUGAAUGGAUCCAGGGAGUCUCCGGUGGACUGCAGUGUUAGCAAAUGCAGCAAGCUAGUUGGCGGAAGCGAGUCCAACGCCAUGAACUACAACAGCUACAUGGACGAGAAGAACGGCCCCCCUCCUCCCAACAUGACCACCAACGAGAGGAGGGUCAUCGUCCCUGCAGACCCCACGCUGUGGACUCAGGAGCACGUGCGGCAGUGGCUGGAGUGGGCCAUCAAGGAGUACGGCCUGAUGGAGAUCGACACGUCCUUUUUCCAAAACAUGGAUGGCAAAGAACUGUGCAAAAUGAACAAGGAGGACUUUCUCCGAGCCACCUCCCUCUACAACACCGAAGUGCUGCUGUCACAUCUCAGUUAUCUCAGGGAAAGUUCACUGUUGGCCUAUAACACAACCUCCCACACAGACCAAUCCUCACGACUGAGCGUCAAAGAAGACCCUUCUUAUGACUCAGUCCGGAGAGGAUGGGGCAAUAACGUGAAUUCUGGCCUCAACAAAAGUCCCCCACUGGCAGGAGCACAAGCAAUGAGUAAGAAUACUGAACAAAGGCCCCAACCAGAUCCAUAUCAGAUCCUGGGCCCGACCAGCAGUCGCCUAGCCAACCCUGGAAGCGGGCAGAUCCAGCUGUGGCAGUUCCUCCUGGAGCUUCUCUCGGACAGUGCCAACGCCAGCUGCAUCACCUGGGAGGGGACCAACGGGGAGUUCAAAAUGACGGACCCCGACGAGGUGGCCCGGCGCUGGGGGGAGCGGAAGAGCAAGCCCAACAUGAAUUAUGACAAGCUGAGCCGGGCCCUCCGAUACUACUACGAUAAAAACAUUAUGACCAAAGUGCACGGCAAAAGGUAUGCCUACAAAUUUGACUUCCACGGCAUCGCGCAGGCCCUGCAGCCGCACCCCACCGAGUCGUCCAUGUACAAGUACCCUUCCGACAUCCCCUACAUGCCUUCCUACCACGCCCACCAACAGAAAGUGAACUUUGUCCCCCCCCACCCGACCUCCAUGCCCGUCACUUCCUCCAGCUUGUUUGGAGCGGCGUCACAAUACUGGACCUCCCCCACGGGGGGGAUCUACCCCAACCCCAACGUGCCCCGCCACCCUAACACCCACGUGCCCUCACACUUAGGCAGCUACUACUAGAAGCUUAACCGUCGGUGGCCUUCUACCUGAAGCCCCCAUUCCUCACACUUCCUGGGAUACUUUGGCCUCUGAAGGACAUACGUGGCCUUGAAGAGAAAACAAAACUGGAUGUUCUUUCUCGUUGGAUAGAACCUUUGUUCUUUAAAAACAAUCCUUUAUUUUUGUUUUUUGUUUUUGUUUUUGUUUUUAACGUUGGUAACUUUUGCUUCCUCUACCUUGAACCAAGAGAUGGAUGAUUUUCUGGGCCAGUACACCAGUUUGGAUUCUCAAUCCGCUAUCAUCUUCUGAGCUGAAUCUUUAGAUUACUGGAAUGGUUGUAUCAUGGUUCUAGGGAAGAAACUGUAAACAUUCUCUAUGUUUUCAUGACCAAAGCAGUUUCUUAUCAAUACACGGGUCUCAUCAUGGACCCUGUAGGGUUCAGUAUGAUAAAGAAUCAUGGACUUAUAACCAGUUAAUGCUCUGGUUUGAGACUGAGUGAAAAUAGAGGCAGGAAGCUUAUAAUCUUAUUUUAGGAGGACAUAUAUUCAGUGGAUGGCAACUGGAACAUUGGUUUAUAAGGCCAGUGAAGUUUUCACCCAACUGGAAUUUAAAAGAAAGAACAUGUGUGUGUGUAUUUAAGAAGCCGUGGGCAUUGCAAAAUCCCUCCCAGUGGGCAAUAUGCACUAGGCUGACCAUCCUCUCUAGAAAUAGUCAAGAUAUGAACUAAGAAAUGUUAAUGCAAAUGCAGACAUUCCUGAAAGACAGAGAAUUAAAUAAUUUUUUUUUAAAGUAAUGACAGCGGGUCCCAGAACUUUGAAAAGUCUUAGGGAUUUCUGAACACAAACAGAUUCGCAAGCGCUGUGCGUUUGUCAGACCACCAGUCCAGGGUCAACCAAUCAGAAGGCAACUUACUGUAUAAAUUAUGCAGAGUUAUUUUCCUAUAUCUCGCAGUAUUAAAAAUAGAUAAUUAAAAAAAUAAAAAGAAUAAAUAAACGAGUUGACCUCGGUCACAAAGACAAUUUUACUAUCAAAUCAGUCGUUAUUUUUUUAAAUGUAAUUUGUACAUCUUUUGUCAAUCUGUACAUUUGGGCUGUUUGUACGUUUUUAUAGCUGGUUUUUAAAAAGCAUAAUGUGACUAUUGCUAAAAAGAAAACAGGACGUUUGAGUCACUGACUUUACUAGAAAGAGAAGCACCACGCAGUAUUUAAUGGGCGUACACAGGCAGGUAAAGGCAAUCCAUUCAAAUCUUUAAUGCUUUGGAAAUGUUUGUAAAUAACCAUAAUGCAAUAAUCACAACUUUGGAAAGAACAAGCAAACCAUCCCUUGUGGAUACGAGGGAUUUUCCUGCCCUAUAUAUGCAAUAUAUUUUUUAGAUAUUAAAAUAUAUAUAAUUUUGCAAGUAAUCAUUGACUUUUUUUAAAACUAUAUUAAGUGUUAAGCUGACAACUGUCAAUGAAGACUAUGUUGUAAAAUAAUUUGACUAAAUAAAUUGUGCCUUCUUCUCUCAGAACUGAGGACAUCGUCUUCUUAUUUACCCCUCAUUAGGUCAAAGGGUUUUCCCAGGGGAAGUUUCCGAUUGAAACUCUUGCACCAGAUAGACUUUUUCAUGUGUGCAUAUACUGCUGUGCAGCAGAAAGCACAAAAUCGGUGUGGUUUUUAUUGUUGUCUGUAUUAGUCAGUUUCUCUCCAGAGAAACAGAACCGGUAAGAUGUGUAUUUGUGGAGAUUCACAAUGAACACCCGGUUCACAAGACCUCGGAGGCGGAGAAGCCCCGUGACCUGGCAUCUGCCAGCUGGGGACACAGGAAAGCCAGUGAUGUGUGUUCUAGUGUGAGCCUGAAGGCCCAAGAACCAGGGACGCCGAUGGGAGAAAUCCCAGUCCCAGGGGAGGAAAAAAUGUCCCACCUCAAGCAGGCAGGCAGGAAACAAAGAAGAGAAUUCCUCCUUCCUGUGCCUUUUUGUUCUAUUCAGACCCUCCAUGGAUUGGGCAAUGUCCUUGGGAGUUGGGGAAAGCAAUCUACUUCAGGAGUCCACAGAUUCAAGUGCUAAUCUCAUCUGGAAACACUUGCACGUACACACUCAGAAAUAAUGUUUAGCCCGGGCACCCAGUGGCCCAGUCAAGUGGGUACGUAAAUUACUGAUGACAUCUGCAGGGAUUUUUUUAAAUGUCAUUUUAAAUUCUUCCUCCGGCCUAAAGGGGCUUUAUAGGAUGACAGUCAGGGCCACCGAUAAUCCGUGUCCAAGAACUAGAAUAAAGCACACAGUUCCAGUUCCAUCCAGGAUGGACUCCUUGUCCAUUAGAUUCAUCCACUGCACACCUCCAACCCAAGUGACCAUCCUCUUGAUAUUCCAGCAGAGAAUAAGAUGGUCUGGCUUCCUCUGGUCUCAUGUCAGGAUCUUAUGGCCCAUGGAGAUCGUUAGGUUCUUUUCUCUUUCCAAGGAAGAAACCUGCUUCAAAUUGCUUCACUGUUAGGUAGCUAGGUUUCCAUUUCCUUUAAUUUAUAAUGAAAACAAGUGAGGCCUGGAAAGCCCUUGAUGGUAUGAGAGAUGAGACUCACAGUAUCGGUAUAUGUGGAAAUCUUUCCUGGGUAACACUUUGUACCUUCUAGACAACAUGUCUACCUACGUGGAAACGAGGUGUGUCUCGGAAUGUUGGUCUCCAAUUUUUUUUAAAUUGCACCCUACCAUUAAACCAUGUGUUAAGCAAAUAUUCUCAAUACAUGAACAUGGAUUUAUAAAUCAUAUACACCAACUGUUAC